ACCCAAUACUCGGCUCUUGCAAUUUUCCGUUUAGGACCAUGAUCAGGCCACCAGACAAAAUCUUGAUCGUGCCAUUUUCCACCCGAAUAUCUCUCCGAAGCGAAGCGGAUGUUAAAGCUAAAGGUCCAUCGUUUCACGCACCUAUUAUUUGCUCAUAAACUUUGUUUUAGAUCACAUUUCGCUCAACGUACCAUGUCCUCGCCAGCAGUUCUUGCCGCACGCGCUGUACUUGCCAGCAUUGAUCUCACCAGUUAUGACCCUGAACAGUCGAGACUGAUGGAUGAGAAAUGCAUCUUGGUCGACGAGCAGGACAACGCGAUCGGUGCGAUGGACAAGAAAACUUGCCAUCUCAUGGAAAAUAUCGACAAGGGUCUCCUGCACCGAGCCUUCUCUGCAUUCGUUUUCCGUCCUUCCGAUGGCAAGCUCCUCUUGCAGCAGCGUGCUUCGGAGAAGAUUACCUUCCCGGACAUGUGGACGAAUACGUGCUGUUCGCACCCGCUGGACGAUUUCGAGGAGGAGAAGAUCGAGAAGGGUCAGCUUGGUGUGCGGAACGCAGCUUCCAGGAAACUGGAGCAUGAGCUCGGUAUUCCGCAAAGCCAGACACCGGUUGACGAGUUCCAGUACCUGACGAAGAUUCAUUACCUUGCACCAUCGAACGGUAUGUGGGGUGAGCAUGAAGUCGACUACAUCUUGUUUCUGACGGCGGAUGUUACGGUGACACCGAAUAAGAACGAGAUUCAGGACUACAAAUACGUGGACAAGGCGGAACUACAGGCGAUGUUCAACGACUCAUCAAAUUCUUUUACACCUUGGUUCAAGCUGAUUGCGCGUGACUUUUUGUUCGGCUGGUGGGAUACCCUUCUAGAGCGCCAGGGCUUUGAUGGUCGUGUCUACGCCAAGACUCUGACGGGUGUAGCUGAUGGUUCAAAGGUUGUCAAGAUGGAUGUAAUAUAUGUUCUCUUAUUGUAUCUGUAGAUGUAGUGCAAAAGCAACCUUGUAUUGCAGGAAGACAUGAUAGAUGCCCGUUUGCUUGUAAUACAUUUUAGUUUCGGACAACUGUACGGCGUACAUAGGAUUAUCACUUCAAAACUGUAGCCAUCACG